UUUUAUUAAUGGAAUAAAAACCGAAGCUUACAUUUGGAGAAAUAAAUUACAAGAAUAUAGAGAUAUUCAAAAUAAUUACAUAAAAGACAUUACCUGUAACUUACAGCGAUAAGUUUUAUCAUAGGAUUCUCACUUACUAAGACUUUUCUGCUUUAGGUAAAUAUUAGCCUCAUUACAGGAUAUUACAAUGAUAUUGCAGUGGGAGCUAUUACAGCAAGAAUAGAAGACCAGGAUAAUAUUAAAAUAGCAUAUAUAAUGACAUUUGGUGUCCUUGAUGCAUAUCGUCGUCUGGGAUUCGGUUCACAGCUAUUAAAUGAACUCAUCAAUCGAAUUAAGUCUUAUAAAGAAGUUAAAAGAAUUUAUUUACAUAUGUGGUCGAAUAAUGAUGUCGGUUUCUAAUUUUACUCAAGUUAAGGAUUUGAAAAGACUAAAUUCAUGAAAAAUUAUUAUACAGAUAUUGAGCCUCCUCAUUGUUAUAUCCUAACUAAAAGGUUAUAUCCAGAUGAGGAUCCUCCUAUUUAAUAUACAGAGGAAGAUGCAGAAACAGAAAAAACUCAAAGGGAAGAAUGA